AUGGCGAUACAACAAACAAUUACAAUGCCUACAUUGGGACGGCCAUUUCAUUUGGGUAUGCUCUAUGAUGUUCGUAAUGAUGAGUUAAUCAGUGGCAUAACUUUGUGGAAUCCACAGACUUUGGCGAACCAUACAAUCACAUAUAAACAACCGUAUACUGGCUAUGAAAUACUUACUGGAGAUUCAUUACAAGAUAAGGCACAUGCUUUGGGAGUUGAGGCUAGUUUAAAACUAAGUCUGUUUGGCGGUCUAAUGAAUAUUUCAGGUUCUGCAAAGUAUGCUGAGGAUUAUCAAAAAACAAACCGUGAAGCUCGUCUGAUACUAAAAUAUUCAACCACAACACAUUUUCAAGAGUUAACAAUGAAACAUCUUGGUAAAAGUAAUCUAGAUUUACAUGAUAAAAACAAUGCUACACAUGUCGUCAUUGGUGUCCUUUAUGGUGCUGAGGCAUUUUUUAUAUUUGAUCGUACAAUAUCGAAUCGUGAAUCUAAAGAAGAAGUUAGCGGUUCAUUGAAGGCGAUAUUUGAUAAAACAAUGUUUAAAAUCGAAGAAGAAGCUAAACUAAAUUUGACCAAGCAAGAAAAGAAGUACGUCCAUAAGUUACGUUGUAAAUUUUAUGGGGAUUUUCGUUUGAACAAAAAUCCAAAGAACUUUGAAGAAGCUGUUAAAAUGUAUCGCCAAUUACCGCUACGCAUAGGUAAAAACAAUGAAAACGCGAUACCAAAAAAAGUGUGGCUUUAUCCAUUACAUCUUUUGGAUAAUAAUGUAACGAGAACUGUUCGAGAAAUCUCAUCCAAUUUGGUUCAUUACUCAAUAUCGACGAUUGAAAAUCUGCGUUCCUUAGAAGUGAGAGCACUAGACUUAUCAGAGAGCUCGAUAUUUACAAGUCUUAAUCAUAUGAAAAAACAAUUAUUACAUUUUACCGCGCGAUUGUCGAAAAUGCAACAUGAUUUGAAAGAAAAUAUUGCAUUAAAUCUACCAAAACUACGCGGAAACACUGAUGUUGAAGAGCCUGUUUUAUAUAAUGUGUUUAAACAAAUUGAUUCAUCUCCAUUUAAUCAGCAAAAACUGGAAUCAUGGCUCAAAGGAAAGAAAAAAGAAAUCGCGUUAAUCACGAAGUGGGUCAACAAUCUCGCCAAAGAUAGAAGCUUAAAUACUCUAGUUAGAUCAUCGUCGUUAGAUGAAGUUAUUGGUGACACUAGAUAUGAUUAUAUUUUCUGUCUCUCUUUGCGUCUCGUUGAAAAAAAUGAUUCUCAACUUGCUGAUAUGCAGAAUUAUUUACAUAAUAACAGUUUUAACUCAUCAACUACUCGUAAAAAACACAUCACAUGGUUUGAACAUCGUUAUAAUAUGACAAAAUUUCUCAAAAAUUUGGAACAAUUCAAAGAGUUUGCUGAAGCAAACAAUGUUGAAAAUACAAAGAUAAAAUUUAUCGUCAAUGAAGAAUAUUCAGUUAAUGAUACUAAAACUAUUGAGCUUAUUCUCUACGAACGUGGAUCAGAAAAAAAAGACUUUAUUAUACCAAGUAAACCAGAUGCACCAUAUGCAAUAUCUGUUACAGAUAAUAAUGUAACAUUAACAUGGACAGAUGCAGCUAAUGGAACUGAAGAAGUACAGAAGUAUAAAGUUAUGUAUCAGCAACAUCGUGGCGAAGCAUUAGUUGGUAAAAAUAAAAGUAAGAAAGAAGAAAAAUGGACUGAAGUUUACACAAAUGCUAGUCAUAAGGAGAUAAUCAUCGUGAAUCUGCCACCAAACGCGACAUUUGUAUUCAAAGUGCAAUCUAUAACUGCAAUCGGACUUAGUGCAAUAAGUGCAUGUAGCAAACCCAUAGAAACACUGGCAAAGAAAGAUGAGCAAAGCUUUAUUGAAACAAGCACCACACAAGAUAGCUGCAAUACAUUUGUACCAAUUCCGUCAGCUGCGAAAUGCACGGCACCAGAAUGGAGGGCGAAUGGAGUCACGGUCACCAGUUCUCUCGAUGCACCUGUUAACUUAUUCAUUGAUCGACGUGAUCGUAUGUGGGUGGUAGAUCAAGGUCAUCAUCGAGUGCAGCGCUUUGUGCCAGGUUCCUCUAACGGCACUACAGUAGCUGAAGGAUCAGCAGUGGUAGAUAAAUCUGCGCAACUUCUGUGGGCCUGGGGUUUCUACGUAGACGCAAAUGAUAACGUCUAUGUCGCAGAUUUUCACGGGCGGGUUCAAAAAUUCGCUCCAGGAGAUCUCGACGGCGCCACGAUCGCAGGUGGACGUGGAAACGGCACUGAGCUGUACCAGUUUGGAUAUUCAUACAGUAUUUUUUUUGAUCGACAAGACCAGCUCUAUGUAUCAGACUCUACAAACUGUCGUGUGAUCAAAUUUGCGAGUGGAUCAAAAGUCGGCUCUGUCGUUAUCUCGGCGAGCGAGGUUUCUCAACCGACAGGAAUCUAUGUUGAUGGAUGCAAUAAUUUAUACGUCGCAGAUGAAGGCAAACAUGUCGUUCGAAAGUAUCUGAACGGCAAUCUUACUUUAGGCACCACGAUCAUGGGAGAGGCAGGAAAAGGGGGUCCUGGUUCCCAUCAACUCAACAUACCUAGAGGCUUGGCUUUUGAUCGGUACGGCAACGUCUACGUAGCUGACGAGAGCAAUCAUCGGGUGCAGCGACUUAGUAUCAGAGACGGAACUGUACGAACAGUUGCUGGAGUGACGGGAGUUGCGGGGAUAGGCUCUCAGCAUUUCAACCGACCAUCAGCUGUUGGUUUCGACUCUAAAAACAAUCUCUUUGUAGUUGAUAUUGAGAAUAACCGCGUUCAGAAGUUCGAGUUUCUGAGCGGAGAUCUGUGGUGUUAG